UGGCGUUCAAUGGGGGCCGCGCACCGCACAUCGCACGGCAGGCGCUCCGCCAGGUGCGAGAUGAUAAGCCGUGAUGUCACCACGCGCCAGUGACGGUCGGCGGCUCGCCGCUUCGUCUCGGCUCGGCUCUCGCCAUUGCUUGCCUUCAGUUGCCCGCGGCGCGCAAACGUGAGCGUUGUUUUUUGUGAUAGCCGCAUCGCAUGUUCACCGCCGCAGCUCUCUCGAGCGAAAACCGUAGUGAUAGCUUAGACGUGUAUUUAUCGAAGAUAUACGGUGACGAGAGUAAGACGCGGCACAGUGUCGUGUAUGUUAGUGAAGGCUUGGAUUCGUAGGAUGAGCGCGGGCGGCGGCGACGGCGGUGAAGAGAGUCCCGCGCGUCGCUGGCCCGUGGGCAUCUUGAGACGUAGCGGCGCGCGCGCAGCCCGGCGGGUGCUGCACGUGAAGUACCGCAGCGUGCCGCCGUCGCCGGCGUCCAGCCCGCUGCCGCACGCACUGCCGCUCGACAUCGACGACACCGUCUCUUGCUUUUGCAGGAAGGCGCGGCGCAAGGAGCGCGAAGGCGAGCCUCCCGGGGACCCUAAGCUGUACCUGCAGGAGGCGCUGCUGGAACGCAAGCUGCCGGAGCUGGACAUGCGCCAGCUCGUCGACCUGCCGCACGGGCUCGACUACAACGAGUGGCUCGCCUCACACACGCUGGCGCUGUUCGACCACGUGAACCUGUUGUACGGCACCGUGUCGGAGUUCUGCACGGCGGCGUCCUGUCCCGACAUGUCCGGCCCCGGCGGCCGCACCUAUGCCUGGUACGACGAGCGCGGCAAGAAGUCGCGCGUCGCGGCACCCCAGUACGUCGACUACGUUAUGACGCACACACAGAAGACCAUCAACGAUGAAACAGUGUUCCCUACUAAAUACGCGAACGAGUUCCCGGCGCAGUUCGAGGGCGUGGUGCGGCGCGUGGUGCGGCUGCUGUUCCACGUGGUGGCGCACAUGUACGCGGCGCACUUCCGCGAGCUGGCGCUGCUGCGGCUGCACGCGCACCUCCACCUCACCUUCGCGCACCUCACCGCGCUCGACAGGCGCUUCUCGCUGCUCGACCAGAAGGAGACAGAGGUGCUUCGCGACUUGGAGACGGCGCUGCGCCUGACGGACACGGCGGGCGGCGGCGGGGGCGGCGGCGGCGAGGGCGGCGGCGGGGGCGCGGCGGCCGAGGAGGCGUCCCCGCGGCGGCGGUCGCCCGUGGUCACGCAGCCGCUGGCCACCGCGUGACGGGCCGCGCCGCCCGCCGCCGCCGCCGCCGCCGCCGCCGCCGCCGCUCCCGCCGCCGCCCGCCGCCCGCACGCCGCCCGCCCGCCGCCCGCCGCGCCCGCUCGCGGGGCCGGCGUCCGCCCGGCGCGUCGCAGCCGACCGACGCCGCUGACGCUCGUGAGCCGAGCGUUUGCCGAAACGAGAAGUUGUUAAUUCUAUUGUAAAUAUUUCGAUCUGUUAAGUAGUUUUAGGUCAUUACGUUUAGUUUACCCUUAUAAUUUGUGAUCGCUUUGGUUGUAAAUAAAAGUGAUAUUUGUUUAACUAAUAAACUGAAAGCUUUACGACUCGA